UGGAACGGCAGCCUUUGAGACCAUUGAAAAAGUGCUUUUGGAGGAAUCAUGUAGUGAUACUUCACCAAUGUGCAAUCAGAGGUGAGCUCAGAGAAGCCGAUUUCCUCGCCGAGCCCGACGUCGUGGCGUGCGGGGCCCUUGGGAGAGACGCUCACCACAGCGCCCGUGAAAUUCCCGUGGCUUCGCUAGCAGACUGAGCUCAGGCCGAGCUUACCAGGGCAUUCGAGCCGAUCCCACCAUUCCAGAUGUGCGUGUGAAGAGGACAAGAUUGCAGUGGAAAGGAAAUGCAGAGAAAUAAGGCAAAUGAGGAUGUAAGUUUGAGCAGCCUUCAGGAGCGAGGAUGGAGCAGUGGUUGCUGAGUGAUGUCCUCGAGUGCUCCGUUUGCCUGGAACAGUUGGACUCCUCUUCCAGGGUCCUUCCUUGCCAGCACACCUUCUGCAGAAGAUGCCUCCUCGACAUUGUUCAGAAUCUAAAGGAACUAAGAUGCCCAGAAUGUCGUGUGCUAGUAGAGGUGCCGGUGGAAGAACUUCCACCAAAUAUCUUGCUGAUGCGGAUCCUAGAGAGCAUGAGAAGUGCCACUCUCAAAGAUUCUGCAAAGGUGUCCCAUGCAGGCCCCACUCAUGGCCAGCCUCCAGGGAGAGCAGAUCCUUUUGAUGGUCCACCUCUCACUCAAGCUCCACCUCCUCCAUCCCUGCAACACUACAACUCGUCCUCCUCCACGCCCUUCUCGGGACCCUUCCACACUGCCUCGGAGGCACUGCCGUCUUCAGGAGGACGCUUGGUCGGUUUCACUGGAGGAGGCACUGGAGCCGGGGAGUCGUAUGGAGGGAACAGCAUUGUUAGUGCUGGGUAUGGAGGCUUGGCGGGGGGUAACCCAGGAGGCCUGGGCUUGUCAAGCUGUCCCCCACUUCAGGGUCUCAGUAACUCUUCAACACUGGGAGUCUCUACCUCAGCAGCAUCUCCUGCUACUCAGUCAUCCUCCUUGCCUAAUGUAGCUCAUCACAGACUGCCAUCAACUCUACAGCCAUGUGCAAAAGCCCUGUACAACUAUGAAAGGAAAGAGGCCAGGGAUCUCAGCUUCAAGAAGGGAGAUGUGAUUAUUCUCCGCAAGAAGAUUGAUGCCAACUGGUACCAGGGAGAGUUAGGUGGCCAAAUUGGCUUCUUUCCAGCAUCUUAUGUGCAGGUCAUUACACCACUACCCAGUCACAUCCCUCAGUGCAAAGCUCUCUAUGACUUCAAAAUGACCAAUGAUGAAGAAAGGGAUUGCUUAACCUUCAGCAAGGGGGACAUAAUCACAGUGUUACGAAGAGUAGAUGAAAAUUGGGCUGAGGGAAAGCUCAACUCUCGCAUUGGGAUCUUUCCGUUGUCAUUUGUGGACCUAAACAGCGCAGCCAAAGCACUAAUGAAGCUUUCCCUAAAUGCACAACAAGGUCCCUCGCGUGUUGCUCCUCCAACCCCCACUAGCUUGGAGGGCGAGCCCCCCACACCCCUCAUCCUUAGUGAGGGCAAUGGGAGUGGUCCCCCCUCCGCCCAGGCUCCUCCAGUCCCUCACCCAGAGUCCUCCUCUUCGUCAUCCUCGGCCGUGACCAGCCCGGACCCCUCCCUGCCUUCCCCAACCUCGAGCCCUGCAUCCCCACCUAACAUUGGGCCCUCACCCUCUUCCUCCUUAGUUUCAUCUGCUGUGGUCCCUCUCCUGCGGGGGCCUAACAUGCGCCACCAGCGGGAGAAGCGGCACAGCUUCACAGGUGUGCGCACCCACAACCCCAGCCCUCCGCGGUCUCCUGCUUCCCCACACAGGCAUUCUUUAGAAAUUGUCAGCCCAACAGAUGAACCAUCUUCUCAUGGUGGGAACUCCGGGCCAACUGGCUUGGGUGCCGGAGGCCCAGGCAUCGCAUCAGGCAGUGCAGAAGAGGCCCAAGAAGUACAUGGGAAUGGCGAGCCAGCUGGAGACUCCUUAGGGUCCCCAAGAGUCAGAUCAGGAACUGCCUCCUCAACCCAGUUGGGUUUAUCCUCAUCAGCACCUCAAGUAUCUGUCACAACUUUUUAUGUGGCGCUUUACUCAUACCGAGGACGCAAAGCAGAUGAGUUGGAGCUAAGGAAAGGCUAUAUAUACACAGUGACAGAAAAGUGCCAAGAUGGAUGGUAUAAAGGUCGCUGUAUAACAACAGAUAGAGCAGGAGUCUUUCCUGGAAAUUACGUCCAAGUUGCUAAACCACAGACAAUAGCUGCCUACCUGGCCAAGCGCAAUGCCCGGGGGUCUUCCAGCCACAACCGCAACAACAGCACAGGGGGAGGCACCUUGGGUCCUAGUAACGGUGGAAGUGGAAGCAGCACCCUCCCUUCGGGUGUGGUUAGCUACACACGGCCUAGAGCAAGCCCGGGUGGUGGAGCAGACGGCAGGCAUGCUGAAGGUUCCCGUGGUGAGAACACAAGUCUGCUGGACACCCCAGUUCACUCUAUGGUACCCACUCUGUCCCCAACUCACACUUCGCCGCUUGCAGGGUCUCUCUCCCCGGCGGCUGGUGUCUCAGGAAGCAGCAGCCCCCCCUCAUCCCUUCCUCCCGAGCUGCCUCCCAGAUCAGUGAGUUCUUCCAUUGAAAGCUCCGGCCAUCGCUCAACGGGCCACACAGCCUCCUGGCACGCAGCGUCGCCUUCAUCGCAAGGUUUCUCCACAAGUCAUAGAUCUGUAAGUGGGUUAAGCAAUGCCGUUUCACCUCCACCAAAUGUAGCCCUAGGGGAGAGUGGAACUGCAGCCGCAGGAAUGCUGUCCCCAUCAAAAACUGACAAGAGAGCUGGAAAGGAGAGAUGCAGUGGAAGCAGUAGUGGUAUAAGUCUAAUGAGAAAGUUCACAAGUAGUGGCAAGAAGAAAAGUAAAUCUCCACCUCCCUCGUAUUCCAUGGACAACCCUGUUUUCGAAGACUCAACCGUCACAUCCAACAUGCAGCAUGUGCACACUAGGUCAGAGUCUUGCCCAGGCACACUGGUAGGGGGGGGUGCAGGAGGUGUGUUGGGUUCAAGCUUAGGGUUCGGUCCUAACUCUCGCCUGCGGUCCGGUGGGGGGUCCUGCCGCAUCAGGUCCCGAGACCGGCCCAAUAUCAUCCUCUCCAACAUGAUGUUGCGGGGCAGAACUGGAAGCAACCCAGACACAAGUGCGGUUGGUGUCACUCCUUCAUCUCUUCCUACACCAUCUCCACCUACAUCUGUCCAAACCACAGCAGAUAUCCCAUCGGAAGCACCUCGACGCGCAAAACAACCUGCUCCCCUAGUCCGUGGGAGGUUCCGUUGCAUAGUACCAUACCCACCAAAUAGUGAAUAUGAGUUAGAAUUGCAGCUUGGGGACAUCAUAUACGUGCACAAGAAACGAGAAGAUGGCUGGUACAAGGGGACUUUGCAGCGUACUGGCAAGACUGGUUUGUUUCCAGCCAGUUUUGUAGAAUCUUGUUAGCUCAGAUAAGCUCUUUUGUAUCAGAUCUAUUUCAAAGGAUAGCAACUCAUUUAACUGAAGAAGACAUACAGAGAGAAUAGCUCUGUACAUGCCAAGACUUUCUAGAAGUUGGAGAGGUUUUGAUACUUUUCUAAAAGCUGACGGAAUAAACGCUUUACAGUUAGCAUUUUUUCCUUUUUAAGAUGGAAUGGCUCAGCAACUCUGUACUUUGAAUUGAGAGUAAAUAGCCUCUAGAGACUGAUAUUUCAAACAUGUUACAAGCUGAUGAGAGCUGAAGUACAUGCAUUAAUUCAGUUAUGUCUUGAGGUCUGUUCUUUUUGUGUUGAUAUUGUUGGCCAUGAUGACCGUUUAACUCUGCUUGAUUAUGUUUUUAUAUGGUGAUAUAAUUGUUUUCUCUUUAUUAUUAUUAUUGUUGUUAUUAUUAUUAUUAUUAUUAUUAUUAUUAUUAUUAUUAUUAUUUUUAUCUCUAUUACAGUUGUAAUUAUUAUCAUCAUCGUUAUCAUCCCCAUCCUCAUUCCCAUUACCAUCUGAAUCACAUCACCUUCACAUUGUUAAGAUAGGGAGCAGUGAAAGGAUGUUAGAAUAGGGAGCAGUGAAAUGGUAGAUAAUAGGGAGUUUCAGAUUCUCUGUUAUUUUGUUCAUAACUUUUUUACAAAAACAAAACAGAUAAGUUCACACACAAAUAAACAGACAGACGCAUACAGAAAAAUAUAUUUAUAAACAAACACACACAAACCACCAGGGAUGUCCUAAUCCGACAGCCCCAGGUUUCCUCCCUUUUCCGUUAGGUAGCCUUCUUGCUCUGUAAGCUGAUUGACGUAAGAUCAAGGCCUUGCUAAGCACUGCAGUGUUACUCCUCACCAUUUUAUCACAUUAUUAUUAUUAUUAUAAAUUGUUAUUAUAAUUUCUAGGACAUACUGUUAUUAUUGUUACUCUUAAUGAGGGUUACAGUUUUUGUUAUUUUUUUAUGUCUGUUAUUUUCAUUACCAUUAUUUGUAUGAUUUUCUAGCAUUAGCAACUGAUUUAGUAGCUGAUAUUAUCAUCACUGUCUUAAAAUUUUCUUGACUGAACUAUGAACUUUCAUGUUGCUUGCCAUAUGAGUUGUGAAUCCAUCUCCUUUAGUCAUCAUUUCUUAUGUUGUUGUAUAUGGUUAAGAUUUAAAGAGGAAUUUUCUAGACAGAAGAUGUCAUGCUCUUGUCGUAUUCUUUUUAUGUAAUUAGGGGGAAAAAGUCUUUGUUGAUAUGUAGUUUACAAGUUUCAUAUAAUUUUGUACAAACUAUUCUUUUUAACCCCCAGAUAAAAGAGAAUGUGAAUUCCUUUACUGUAAAAACCCUUUAUUUUUCAUUAUUAUUAUUACCGCUGUACAGGAGGGUGCUAAUGGCAUUCUAGGUUAUCUGGUAGGAGUGAGAUCGGUCUUUCACACAAGACAGAGAGAAAUCUUGCUGCUGAGUCUUUUGUUGCUCAAAAUCAUUUGGUUGAAUCAGGUUGAAUGUACUCUGUCAUCAACUUGGGGAAACAAGAUUGAAUCAUUUGUUCCAGUGUAUGAUUAUGCUGGACAGAUCCCUUAAUUCAAUGCUGCUGUGGUGCAAAUUCUAUGAUCUAUUCCAGACAUGGGCAUAUGAGCGGUCAUGUCUGGCUGGAUGUCAGUGCAGUUCGAUUUCAGGGAGUUAACUGCAGUUGGGGUUCACAGUUGGAAUUUUUUUUUUUGUCAGAUACUAAUGAUAGUAAUUAUUUUUGAAAAUUAUGAAAUUUUAGAGUAAUGGCAUACCUUAUCGUGUAUAAAGGUCUAGUAUUGAAAUUUUUCUGUCCAGCAGCUAGGUAAGAGAAAAUGAGAUUAGAUGGUACAAAUUAUACUCUUUGGUGCAUAUUCUUUUUUUUCAGAGCUUGCAUGCCAUGCCUCAUUCAACUUAUAACUUAUUUUUGUUAGUAUUUAAUCAGUUAGUGUUGGCUCUGUGACAGUAUGGUUGAACAAUUUGGAUUUUAAGAGUAAGCAUCAGUAGUCUUGAGGAUUAUAUAGUGUAAGGAUUGUUCAAGGAGCUUAUAGUAAUAGGUUUGCAGAGUAGCAGAGUUUAUUAUGAAAUGGUUGCUUAUCUUUGGUAUCAGAUAAUUAAUAUGUACAUGUGCACACAUGCACACACAUAUACGCAUACGUACAUACUGACAUACUGACAUACAUACUGACAUACAUACUGACAUACAUACAUACAUACAUACAUACAUGCAUACACGCAUACA